AAAAACAAAUUAAUAAUGUCAACGCUCUAUUUCUUCCCGUUCUCCAUUCCAGUCGACCACACCCGCGUCAAGCUGAAAGACGUGGACAGCUCCGCACCUGGCGCCGAGUACAUCAACGCCAACUACAUCCGGCAGCCAACCGAAUCGGAACAGAACGAGAUGAGCUCCUCGUCGGAGAAUCUGGCCCAGCAAAACAACAACUCCUCCUCCUCCUCCACCUCCUGCAACAACACUUCCGCGACCUCCAACGGCAGCGGGACUCCGACGACGUACGCCAGCAUCAACCAGCAACCAACGAAGAACUGUCAGAGCUGCCAACUGCUCGGCAAACCGUGCUCCCAGUGUGCGUUGAAAGCGAAUGAGUCCAAACACAAGCGAAACGAAUCGUUGACGUCCCGGUUGCAGCUGCAGGCCGGCGGUUGUCCCACCGGCGGAGGACUGCUCCGCGGAACCGGCGCCACCGACGAGAAGGACCUCUUCAAGACGUACAUCGCGACGCAGGGCUGCCUGGCGAACACGAUACAGGACUUUUGGAACAUGAUCUGGCAGGAGAACACCCGCGUGAUAGUGAUGACCACCAAAGAGAUCGAGCGGGGCAAAAAGAAGUGCGAAAAGUACUGGCCCGACCCGCAGCAGAGCCGGGAGUGGGGCCAGGCCCGGGUGACCUGCCUCAGCGAGACGAGCACCGCCGACUACACGCUGCGGGAGUUUCUGCUGGCGUGGCGGGGGCAGGACGAGCGCAAGAUCUUCCAGUACCACUUCCAGGUGUGGCCCGACCACGGCGUCCCGUCCGAUCCGGGCUGCGUGCUCAACUUUCUGCAGGACGUGAACGCGCGCCAGGAGCAGCUGCAGCUGGAGGGACUCGCGCCGGGCCCAAUCUGUGUCCACUGUUCGGCGGGAAUCGGUCGCACGGGAACGUUCAUUGUGAUCGAUAUGAUCCUGGACCAGAUUGAUCGAGAAGGCCUCGAUUGCGAGAUCGACAUCCAGCGGACGAUCCAGAUGGUGCGCUCGCAACGCUCCGGCAUGGUCCAGACCGAGGCGCAGUACAAGUUCGUGUACUACGCCGUGCAGCACUACAUCCAGACGCUGUUCCAGCGCAAGCGGGCCGAGCAGCAGAGCCUGCAGGUCGGCCGGGAGUACACCAACAUAAAAUAUGCAUGUGAUAGCAGUGAUCUGCAGCGGUCGCCCCUGCCGGCCUCCCUCUCGACACUAAGCUUAAACACUAGACAGCAAGAACUGCCCAAUAAUCGCUCGCAUAAUCACACGACUAGAUCAACAUCCGACUCCCAAAUACCACUACCGAGGGCUGUGACUGACUUGAACAAUCCUUCAUCAGUAUAUGAGAACAUUCCCAAAGAAUCGCGACCACCCCCGACGCCACCGAGGAAAUCAUGACAAAUGGAUUUUUAAACUGGUUGUCAACAGCCAUCGAAUCCAAUCCAAUCUGCGCCCUGUCUCUGUGUGGAGAGGGAUGCACCACAAAAAAAAAGUGAAAGAAAAACGCGCAGUGAGAUCUAAAGAAGAAGAAAAACACAGCCGGAACCCGGGUUCGAGAACAUAUAAGCAAAGUGUGAUUCAUGGUAGGAAAGGUGAAUUAAUUAAGCGCAUGUGACGACGACGUGAUGAAACAAGUAACAUUCACAACAACAACAACAAAAAACAGCAUAAAUGGAGAUAAUAAAAAAGAAGGCAAGGACGACUGCGAGAGAAGCAAACUGUUUUGUUAUCUUACUUAUAAUGAAAAUGUUUUUUCCCGUUUUGUUUUUUAAACAUUCAAACCCACAAAAUCAAACAAAGCAUGCAAAUUGCAACGGAGAAAAUGCAAGCAAAAUACAACCAGUUAAUAGAUAUUGCAUAUAUAUAAUAAAAUACAUUUACGAGAUAGUUUAGCAGAUAGAACUAGUUAUUUUUUUGGGAAUAUAAAACGAAAGCUCUUCCUACUCAUCCCCGCCGUCAUUUGAAACAAUAUAUUAGAAGAGAAGUUAAAAAAAAAUCCACAAAAAAGAACGUCUAUCGAAAUACAAUACAGAAAACAUUAAAAGAAGAACAUAUUAGCGUAUCUAGUCUAACAAAUUGUCGCGCAGUUUGAAAACACCCCGUGUUGGUUCGACAUUACAAUUACACGCUAAUCUAGAAAACAAAAACGGGGCUGACCGUAAGCUGCAAAUGUGAUGAAAACAUAUGAGAACAAAAUAAGUGAAAGAAGUAAGCAAAACGUGUGAAAGUGCGAGAGCGAACUCAGAAACUCCCAAAUUCUAAAAUAAAAAAAAAUCUUGUUACUUUUUGUUUACAAUUUUUGCUUCCUUUUAAACGGUCAUUUACUCGAGAUUAAGCAGUUUUGUUUUAGUGUGUUUCAAUGCUGCACCCGCUACUCUUUUUUUUUUUGUUUCUUCUUACUUUUCUGUUGAAAGAAAAUUGAACAACAACAAAAAAACAAAAACAAAACGUUUGAGGGAAGAUUCAGGAAAGGUUUUACGCGUCGAAUGUUACUGUCAUAUUCUUUAUGUUAUUAUUACGGAAUCCACACCGACACACACACACACACUCUGAAUGAAUAUAUCAUUACAUGCAUCGUU